AUGGCUAAGAAUAUGAUUCAAUAUGAUGGGAGUGAUUGGUCGCUUUAUUGUGAGCAAUUAGAACAGUAUUUUAUUGCAAAUGAUAUUGCCGAUGAGAAAAAGGUACCAACGUUAAUUGCAAACUUGCCUACUAAAACCUACCAAAUACUACACAAUCUUUUGGCACCCGACUUGCCUAGUUCCAAAACAUAUGAUGUUAUAAAGAAAACUCUGCAAGAUCAUUUAAAACCGAAACGUUCAGUUUUUGUGGAAAGGUUCGCAUUUCACAGAAGAGAUCAGAAGUUUUCUGAAGGGGUUCGUGAAUAUGCAGCAGAGCUAAGAAAAUUGUCUGAGGGGUGUAAAUUCGGUCCAUUGAGGGAUGAUUUCAUACGCGAUCGAUUAAUCUUUGGUAUACUCGAUGAGGCUACUAGAAAAAGGUUAAUGGCAAAAGAUGGGGAAAAAUUAGAUCUUCAAAGGGCAUUUCAAAUUGCAACGUCAAUGGAAUUGGCCAACAAGGAUGUGGCCGAAAUAUCAAGUGGCAGUGUUAUGCCAAUGGUGAAGGAGCAAUAUUUUUCUAGAAAGCAACGGUUUAAUACCUUAAAAUGUCGUUGUCGUUAUAAAAACUUCCAGUGUUUUAACUGCGGCCGCCGAGGUCAUAUUCAACAGGUUUGCACACGACGUAAGCCAGUGCUGUCCAGAGAAAGGACGGGGAAUGACAGACGCGAUAAUGAUAAAGCACGAAGUGCAAAUGUUAUGGAGAACGACAGCAGUGAUAGUCCAAACUUGGAGAAUUCGUCGGAUUCGUCGUGUAUAGAGGUUGGUAAUUUACGUAUAAAUAGCGUACUUAGAAACAAAAAUGGUGCAAUUUGGCUUUUUCCGAUUAUCAGUGGGAAAACACUAAGAAUGGAACUAGAUACCGGAUCGGCUGUGUCUAUCAUUUCUAAAAAUGUUUACGAUUCACAUUUGUCUCAUAUUCGUUUGAAUAAUACAAAAAUUUGCUUGAAGACUUAUUCCGGGGGAAAGAUAUAUCCAUUGGGUGUCCUUAAAGUCGAUAUAGAAAUUAAUGGCCAAAGUUGUAAAUCCAGAUUGUACGUGGCAAGCACAAACGGUCCUAGUUUGUUUGGGCGUGAUUGGUUACAUCAAAUUCAAUUGGACUGGAGAACGAUUUUCAAUAUACGUGAGGCAACGGAACCAGUCUGUUCCCCCGAAACCAAAACUCGAUUGAAACAUUUGUUAAAAAAAUACAGUGAUGUAUUUUCUGAUGACGUAGGCUGUAUAAAAGGGACAAAAGCUAAACUGGUUUUGAAAAAGGGCGCCAUACCUAAAUUCUUCCCUCCCAGGCCUGUACCUUUUGCACUUCGGCCUAAAAUUGAAGCGGAAUUGGAAAGACUUGAACGUGAUGAUAUAAUUACCAAAGUCACUUUUAGUGAGUGGGCUACUCCAAUAGUUCCAGUUCUUAAGAAAGACGGUAAAAUACGACUUUGCGCUGAUUUUAAAGUGACUGUAAAUCCUGUUCUUUGUGUAGAUCAAUAUCCAUUACCAACAAUAGAUGACCUUUUUACAUCUCUUGCGGGAGGACAAAAGUUUAGCAAAAUAGAUUUGAAACAAGCAUAUUUACAAAUGGAGGUUGAAGAGGAGUCGAAGGAAUUGUUGACAAUUAAUACUCAUAAAGGAAAUGGAUAG